ACACCGAGUGUUCGAAUAACAGCAAGAGCAUGUUGAGAGAAGUAAAGGACAAAAACGCCACUGGAAAAAGGGAGUGAGGGCAAAAUUGAAUUGUAGAUUGAGGGAGCCUCUCUCCUCCCUCUUUCCCUCCCUCUUUUAUUUAUCUCAUGUGAAACCACGCCUCCCUCCUUUCACUUGUCAGUGCAUCUAUAACAGUGAGCUGUCUGCGCCGGGCUGUGAGCGGGUGAGUCGAGCACCUCACUCUGCCAGCACAGCGGACCGGAUCUGAGCAGACCGGACGGGACUGGAUGGUACUGGACUGGCCAAACAGGUUGACUGAGGGGAGUGCAGAUUCCUCUCUGUGUUCAAAGAAAGGCUGAGGAGGUGACUGCAGGGUAGCGAGAUGGCAGGGCGGGGGCUCUCCGCCCCUCUCCCUCUUCUGAUUCUCUCUCUCGUCCUGGUGGGAGUCCUUCCUGAGGCGCAUGGCUCCGGAUACCUGUCCGGAUAUCGUCUGAGGUCGCGCUUGCAGAGGGACCGGCACGUCCGCAACAUCCGGCCCAACAUCAUCCUCAUUCUCACCGACGAUCAGGACAUCGAAUUGGGCUCGAUGCAGGCCAUGAACAAAACUCGGCACAUCAUGGAGAAGGGCGGCACACAUUUCUCAAACGCGUUCUCCACCACACCCAUGUGCUGCCCGUCACGCUCCUCCAUCCUGACGGGGAAGUACGUGCACAACCACCACACGUACACCAACAACGAGAACUGCUCGUCGCCCUCGUGGCAGGCCCACCACGAACCGCACACCUUCGCCGUGCACCUCAACAGCUCCGGCUACAGGACAGCCUUUUUUGGAAAAUAUCUGAAUGAGUACAACGGCUCCUACGUGCCCCCUGGCUGGAAGGAAUGGGUGGCUUUGGUGAAGAACUCACGCUUUUACAACUACACGCUCUGCAGAAACGGAGUACGAGAGAAACACAGCAGCGACUACUCUAAGGACUACCUGACAGACAUCAUUACCAAUGACAGCAUCAACUACUUCCGUAUGUCUAAGAGGAUGUACCCUCAUCGUCCUAUCAUGAUGGUCCUGAGCCACGUUGCUCCUCAUGGUCCAGAAGACUCCGCCCCUCAGUAUAGCUCUACCUUCCCCAAUGCAUCACAGCACAUAACUCCCAGCUACAAUUAUGCCCCAAACCCAGACAAGCACUGGAUCUUACGCUACACUGGACCCAUGAAGCCUGUUCACAUGCAAUUCACGAACAUGCUUCAGCGUAGGAGGAUGCAGACUCUGCUGUCUGUGGAUGACAGUGUGGAGAAGGUGUACAACAUGCUGGUGGAGACGGGCGAACUGGACAACACCUACCUCAUUUACACUUCAGACCACGGCUACCACAUUGGCCAGUUCGGUCUGGUGAAAGGCAAAUCGAUGCCUUAUGAGUUUGAUAUCCGCGUUCCCUUCUUCGUGCGAGGACCGAAUGUGGAGCAAGGAGCCAUUAACACUCACAUAGUGCUGAACAUUGACCUGGCUCCAACUCUGCUGGACAUGGCCGGGGUUGAUAUUCCUGCCGAAAUGGAUGGAAAGUCUAUCCUCAAGCUCCUAGACACAGACCGGCCAGUCAAUAGGUUCCAAUUGAGCAAAAAGGGUAAAACGUGGAGAGAUUCUUUCCUGGUGGAGAGAGGGAAGCCUCCACACAAGAGAGCUGAUGGGAAGGAAAUGGCUCAGGAGGAGAACUUCCUGCCAAAAUACCAAAGGGUGAAGGACCUGUGCCAGAAAGCAGAGUAUCAGACCUCCUGCCAGCAGCCAGGACAGAAGUGGCAGUGUGUGGAGGACCCGACUGGCAAGCUGAGGCUGUAUAAGUGCAAGGGCAUGGCCAGUCUCUUUGCCCCACGUAUGCAGGCUCUGAUGGCCAGCAGUGCCUCCCAGCUGUCGCUCGCGUCCAACUUCGACAGCUGUAACUGCGGGGAUGUGGGAUUAAAACCAUCCGUCCUCAAGAGGAAGAGGCUGCUCUCCAAGAAGAAUUCCUCUGUCUCGUCUCAUGCAGAGGUGAAAUCCAGUAAGUCGGUGUCGAGGAAGCGGUGGGCUCGCUCCGUUUCAUUCGAGCUGGAUGGAGACCUGUAUGCCGUGGACCUGGAGGAGGGCUACCGGCCCCUGGGGUACAGGAACAGCAGCUGGACCCAGAAGAGAGGAAGAGGUGCAGAGGAAGACCCUGAGGAGUUCAGCGGUAUGGGAGUCACAGUCAAACCAACCGUCAGCAACAAGUUAACGCCAUCCGCUGCUCUCAAAGUCACUUAUAGGUGCUCCAUCCUCAUGAACGACACAGUCAAAUGUGAUGGCGGCCUCUACAAGUCCCUCCAGGCGUGGAAGGACCACAAGCUGCACAUCGAACACGAGAUCGAAACCUUGCAGACCAAAAUCAAGAACCUAAGAGAGGUGAAAGGUCAUCUAAAAAAAGUGCGACCAGAGGAAUGUCAGUGCAACACUCCCAGUUAUCUUCUCAAGAAUAAAGACACCUUCCGGCUCAAUGUGGGGCGAAUGCACUCAAUCAGAAUGCCGUCCAAGCAGAAGGCUCAGUGGCUGCAAAAGGAGCAGAAACGCAGAAAGAAACUUCGGAAAUUUCUCAAGAGGCUCCAGAACAACGACACCUGCAGCAUGCCUGGCCUCACCUGCUUCACCCAUGACAACCAUCACUGGCAGACUGCCCCCUUCUGGACAAUGGGACCAUUCUGCGCGUGCACCAGUGCCAACAACAACACAUACUGGUGCCUCCGAACCAUCAAUGACACACACAACUUCCUGUUCUGUGAAUUUGCGACCGGCUUCCUGGAGUAUUUUGACCUCAACACUGACCCGUACCAGCUGAUAAAUGCUGUCAGCACUCUUGACCGCAACGCUCUGAACUCGUUGCAUCAACAGCUCAUGGACUUAAGAGGCUGCAAGGGACACAAGCAGUGCAACCCAGAGAAGGGAGGCAAAGAGCGAAACUACUUCAGUGAAUACAGAGGGCAGAUUUGGGAAGGCUGGGUAGGUUAACUACCUGGAUUCCACAACCGACCACUUCAGCCUGCUCCAGCAAAGGAAGAGUGGGAAAUGCUGGCAAACCCAAGGACCUUGACAAUGCUUCGAUGGAUUAAAAUCUGAGACACAACCUUUCUCUUAUCUGGGUUUUACUUUUGACAGAGGUGCUCCUCUUAACACUCACCCAAGUGAACGACCGACCUAUUGAAUCUGGGAGGAAGCUUAAAGACGCUGCAAUUAUCUGCUCCCGGAAAAACAUUUCAUUUCUCUUUACAUCCUCUGUUGCCCCCAGCUGUCAGGGUUGUUGCCGUCAACGGGAUGCUGUAAAUCAGGUGGGGCCGUUUGUUUGUGCACAAGCCUUUCAGCGUAGCGGCAUCGCUUGUAGAUAAUAUACAGUAUAUCAGCUUUAAUCAGCUUUUCUUUCAUGUCAUGUGGAACUGGGUGGGAACGUGACGCCUGACAUGCCAACUCCGGAGCUCCACCGCGGCGUCACGGCCUCUCGAUGUCUCUGCGGCACAUGCUGAUUAACAUAAUAAUUAGCACAGGGAGUAACAACAAGACAUUCUGUCUGCACAUGGAAGUAAUAUGGACUUUAUAACGACCAACCGUAUGAGACUUUUCGCCAUGAUCUUUUGUAUUAUAGUCGAUCUUAACACUGAUGAAUGUCCUCCAUGAAGCGCCGUCUUCCUCACCGCCGUGACAUGUGAGGUGACCAGAGUUUGCCUGCAACGAUUUGACACCACACACAGACCUUAGUAGUGUGUGUGUGUGUGUGUGUUUGUGACCUGGAACAGGCCUGCACCGACCACUGUCUCACAACGAAACGAUCCUCCGCGACGUCCCGGAGGAGCCCGUCUUCUCCGAAUGCCAUUUUCCUCCUUCGUAUUGUCAGAACCACACUGUAGAGGUGUCCCAGUCGUUCGUUCAGCUUGCUAUACAUGGUGCUACAGGAUAACAAUACGGAAGUUAAAUCUUGCUGUACAGAACAGUAUGUAUUUGAAUGUAUGUUGUGCAAUUAAUAUAAAUGUUUACAAUAUUUUUUAUAAUACUGAAGAGGCAGACCUCAUUGUAUGAUAUGAGCAGACAUAAAUGAACUUAUAGGAAGAGAAUUAGCCUGAGACGUUUCAUUGCUCGCUAUUUGUACGUCUGUCCUUUCCUGAUUUACAUGGGAAAAGCACUUAUGAAGGGUUCACUGUGAAGAGAUGCGCCAUGUACAUUAAUGAAUAUAGUUUACUCUGUGCCAGAGGAGAAACACAACAGUGUAAUACUUAUCGGUGUGAAGUUUAGCUAUCUGACUUUGUUAGCUUUUUUUUAGCCAAUGUUUCCAUAGACCUGAGUGCUCAUAGUAACUGUGAAUAAAGUGUUGUUUGACCAUA